GUUUAUUUCUCGACUGGCGACGUCUUCCCCUAUGUAUUGACGCUAUUCGAUCUGUGUCCUGCGACUUGGUCGGACUAGAAAACUUCGAGAAGUGCACUUCUCAUACUGUACAGGUUUCCUACUUCUGAUAUCGACCCACAUCCAAUUCACAUCUUAGAGCGCUCAUUCGCUGGACGGAUAGUCAUUGAGUCGAGUUGCCGAGUGUUUUAGCCAAGGCAAAUAUGCCUUCCCAUGACCACAGAAAUGUAACGACGACCGCGAAGUCUGGUCAAGCGGCAUCGUCUGCAAGAGUCCGUGACAACCAGCGACGUUCUCGCGCACGACGCAAAGAAUACGUCCAGGACCUUGAGCAACGAUUGCGAAGGUUUGAAAGUCUUGGAGUAAAGGCAACCCAAGAAGUUCAAACAGCAGCAAGACACGUUGUGGCGGAGAAUUGUCUCCUUCGUUCCCUGCUGGGGCAGCUUGGCGUGACAGACAAAGACGUCGAAGAUUAUCUCAAAUCACACAUACCACACCCUACUUCCUCGAGUUCUUCUUCGGUGAAUGCCGAGCCUGUGGUAGUCUCCCACUUGGCAGCAACACAUGGUAAUCAAGUUGUCAAAGGCGGCUCGCUAUUAACACACCAGGAGGAAGACUCAUCAGACGAGACUGGUGUUAACGACUCUAACCCACUGCCGCCAGGUUCAGUUCGAAACACACCUACUAAGGUGGAUAAUGUCCAAGCAUUUGGUCUGACGCGACCGAUGGUUGUUGUCCAGACUAGUUUUGUCGACUCUAAAGAUCAGGAUCAGGUUAGUACACGGGAUACGGGCCAAAGUAUGCCAUGCGAGGCUGCAGCCCGAAUUCUCGCGGCUAUGCAAGGCUACCAGGAGGAGCGGGAUGUACGAUUUGAACUCGGAUGCCACAAUGAUUCAGAUUGCACGGUGCGAAACAUGGACCUUUUUGAAAUAUUGGACAAACGAUGGGAUUGAGUCACAUGCUGUUAGGGUUUCUGACUGUUGACUGAGGCAUCAUAGAACCCUAACUUAGGAAGGGUCCCAGCUUCGUAGAAAUGAAUUAAUAGUUCAUAGAAAUGAAUUGUUUGCCCCAGGGACACGUCAUUUUCCACGGAAUCCUCUGCAGAUCUUAAACCAGGGUUUAUCACAUCCAGGGCUUUGGAUAUUCGCUGCCUCAUUGGACAGGCUCGUGGGUCCCCCUGAGAGCAUGUGGAGAC